AUGGCGAUCGCAAUAUCGCAAGCGGUUCUAGCGCAUCGAAACUCUGCAGCGACAUUUACGGUCCCUGGCUCGACGGAGCAACUCAAAUUCCAUAAUUACAGGGUAACCGGAAACAUGAUCAGCGGGGCCGCACAACAACACAAAAAGCGGCUGAUCCCGCUGCGUCGGACCGACGCAAUGACGUUGGCCGAGCGUCGGAAUUAUCAGAUUCUUGAUGAUAUAUUUCGAUCUGGUGGAUCUGAUUGUUUUCAACAAGUCACGGCGAACAGUGCAACGGAAAGCGGGCAGCCCCAAUUUUUAAGGUUGAAUAUCGGUGGAACGAGUUUCAUGAUCUUGAUCGAUGCGAUUCUUCGUGCCGAAUCAACCACAUUUCUCUCAAGAUUCAUUCAGCUAACGCACACGGCAAGAUUAAAAGUCGCCGAUGCCUACAUCUCAUCUGAAGACGCCUACUACUUUCAACGGUCGCCAACUUCAUUUGAGGCAGUUUUUCAAUAUUAUGCAACAGGAGUAGUUCAUCGACCUUCUGAGAUUUGUCCUGCUUCAUUUCUUAGUGAACUCGACUUUUGGAGGAUAUCGCAUCAACAUGUUGGCUCGUGUUGUGCUGAUGUCAUUCCUCAAAAACGGGAAGAAGAGAAAGAAGAAGAAAAAGUGGAUGACACUACUUUCGAUAAAUUAAUGUGUGGAAAAUUGAGGCGGCGGAUGUGGACAUUUCUCGAAAGACCCGGGUCUUCAAUGCAGGCAAAAGCUUUUGAACUUUCAUCUACUCUAUUCGUGGCGAUUUCAGUUAUGGGUCUCUCAUUCGGUACAAUUCCUGAUUUUCAAGUAACGCAUCUAAUGCCUCCUCACAACGAAACAAUAGUCUUACCAAACGGAACGGUUACGGUCAUUCAAAAAGUGGAACAAAUGAGAGUGGAGCAUCCAGCUUUUGUAUUUACGGAACGGAUAUGUAUCGCAUUCUUCACAGUCGAGUAUUGUCUACGGUUUUUCGCUGCUCCGAGAAAGUUAAGAUUCGCAUUGAAACCAUUGAAUCUGGUGGAUCUUCUCGCAAUUGUGCCAUUCUAUUUGGAACUUUUGCUCACUCUUUGCGGAGUUGACGAUAGAAAAUUGAGAGAUUUGAGAUGGGCAUUCUUAGUUGUUCGAAUCCUUCGAGUCCUUCGAGUCAUUCGAAUUAUCAAAUUAGGAAGAUUCUCAUCUGGACUUCAAACAUUCGGAAUGACACUUCAAAGAUCACAAAAACAACUUCAAAUGAUGACAAUUGUACUUUUGACUGGAGUUGUAUUCUUCUCAACUAUGAUAUAUUUCUUGGAAAAAGACGAGGAGAGUACACCGUUCACAAGUAUUCCAGCAGCUUAUUGGUGGUGUAUUGUAACAAUGACAACUGUUGGAUAUGGUGAUGCAGUGCCUGCUACAACUAUGGGAAAAAUCAUUGCAUCAGCAGCAAUCAUGUGUGGAGUACUUGUACUUGCUCUGCCUAUCACUAUCAUUGUCGACAAUUUUAUCAAAGUGGCUCAAGAUGAACAGCAAGCGGAGCAACAGAAAAUAGAUCAACACAGUGAGCAACUUGCGCUAGAAGCGAUGCUCAACGCCCAUGACUAG